UCCAACAGCUUCUCGUGUGGCACAACACCGAGCGAGGAAUUCAAGGAAAUAUCCAAAAGACUUGCCAAAGAUGAAGCCGUCGCCCGCAGGUUAGGUCGGAGAGCCAUCCAUGAAGUGCAGAUAAACGUAUAUAUGCACAUUGUUGCAUCAUCAGAGGAUAUCCAUGACGGUAAUUUGAAUGAUCAAGAUGUCAUUAACCAAUUCCAAGUCCUCAAAACCGACUUCGAGCCAACGGGCAUCAUCUUCAACCUAAAAAGCAUCGAUAGGACUUUCAACGCUACAUGGGCCAAGAACACCGACCUUAGGCGUAUGUGGUACCAUGUUCGUAAUGGCAGCUAUUCCGACCUCAACCUGUGGUUUAUCCCUACUUUGGAACACUACGGAUACUGUACUAUUCCCACAACUGGCGACACACUACCAUAUGCGAUCCACCAGGAUGGAUGCACGAUACGGUCUGAUACUGUUCCUGGUGGCAGAGCAGAUAACUAUAAUCUUGGGAAAACAGUGACACACGAGGUUGGCCAUUGGAUGGGCCUAUUGCAUACUUUUCAAGGCGGAUGCAAUGGUGUGGGAGACUACAUUGAGGAUACUCCAGCGCAAGCAAGUCCGAGCGAGGGAUGCCCUGAAGGGAGGGAUUCUUGCCCCAAAGAACCGGGGCUGGAUCCCAUUCACAACUAUAUGGAUUAUUCAUACGAUGCGUGCUACACCGAAUUUAGUCCUGGUCAGGUAGAUCGGAUGGUGAGAGUUUGGGAUGCAUAUCGAGCAUGGGCUUCU